CCGCCUCCUGUCACAGCGAGGGCUCCGAGAACAGCUGCCUGUCCUCCUCCUCCGUCCCGUCUUCUCCGAACAGCUCCCACUCUGACGCCAAUGGCAACCCCAGGGGCGGGGACCUCGCCGGCAUCGAAGGCAUCCUGAAGGGCGAUCGGCUCGACUGCCCCAUGAAGACCGGCAAGUCCGGCGUUCCCGGGGUGACCAAGAGUCACAGCGGGGUGACAAAGUUCAGUGGCAUGGUCCUGCUGUGCAAGGUCUGUGGGGACGUGGCCUCGGGAUUCCACUAUGGCGUUCAUGCCUGCGAAGGCUGCAAGGGCUUCUUCCGGAGGAGCAUCCAGCAGAACAUCCAGUACAAGAAAUGCCUGAAGAAUGAGAACUGCUCCAUCAUGAGGAUGAACCGGAACCGGUGUCAGCAGUGUCGCUUCAAGAAGUGUCUGUCCGUGGGGAUGUCGAGGGACGCUGUUCGGUUUGGUCGCAUUCCUAAGCGCGAAAAGCAGAGGAUGCUCAUCGAGAUGCAGAGUGCAAUGAAGACCAUGAUGAACAGCCAGUUCGGUGGCCACCUGCAGAGUGACGCCCUGGUGGAGCGUCCCGAGCAGACGGCCUUACCCAUCCAGGAGCAGCUGCGACCCAAGCCCCCGCUGGAGCGGGACAGCGCCAAAAGCUCUCCUCCCCCGUCUUCCGACUUCGCCAAGGAGGAGGUGAUCGGCAUGGUGACCAGAGCCCACAAGGACACCUUCAUGUACAAUCAAGAGCCACGCGAACACUCUGCCGAGAGCAUGCCACACCCGAGGGAACGGGCUCCCACUCACGUGGAGCCGUACAGUUUAAACCAUGAGCGCUGUGGCGGCGGGCUUGGCGGCCAUUUUCCCCGCAGCGAGAGCCAGCAGCAGCUCAGUGGACAGUACAAAGGGAGGAACGUGAUGCAUUACCCAGAUGGGCACGCUGUCUGUCUGGCAAAUGGACAUUGUGUGAACUUCUCCAAUGCUUAUACUCAAAGAGUAUGCGAUAGAGCGCUGGUGGAUGGAUUUUCUCAGAAUGAGAACAAGAAUGGCUACCUGUGCAACACUGGCGGGAGAAUGCACCUGGUCUGCCCGAUGAGUAAGUCUCCGUAUGUGGGUCCUCACAAGUCGGGCCAUGAAAUCUGGGAAGAAUUUUCCAUGAGCUUCACGCCAGCAGUGAAGGAAGUGGUGGAGUUUGCAAAGCGGAUUCCUGGGUUCAGAGACCUCUCUCAGCACGACCAAGUCAACCUCCUGAAGGCGGGGACGUUUGAGGUUCUAAUGGUGCGGUUUGCGUCCUUAUUUGACGCCAAGGAGCGCACGGUUACCUUCCUGAGUGGAAAGAGGUACAGUGUGGAUGAUCUGCACUCGAUGGGUGCCGGGGACCUCCUCAACUCCAUGUUCGAGUUCAGUGAGAAGCUGAACGCCCUCCAGCUCAGCGACGAGGAGAUGAGCUUGUUCACGGCUGUGGUCCUGGUGUCCGCAGAUCGAUCUGGCAUAGAAAACGUCAACUCCGUGGAGGCUCUACAGGAGACUCUCAUCCGCGCACUAAGGACCUUAAUCACGAAGAACCACCCAAACGAGGCCUCUAUUUUUACCAAACUGCUUCUAAAGUUGCCGGAUCUUCGGUCUUUAAACAACAUGCACUCGGAGGAGCUCUUGGCCUUUAAAGUUCACCCGUAAGGCCUUCGCGUAGGUAAACAGAAACUGAUGUCCACUGUACAUUUUGUGCUGAAAUGCUUAUUUAUGUGUGUAUGCCAUAAGCGAGGACAGAAAAGACUUCAGGCCAGCCCGAGAGGGGCUCGGCUGUCUCUGUUGUCAUGCAGCGGCCGUUCAGGUGGAGAGCUCUUCCUCCGCGAUUAGACCUCGGCCGCAUCUCCCUGGUAGACCAAGUAGCUGUGUCGCACUCAAACUGGAGAAGUUACACUGAAUUGACUCACACUGAAUGUCAGACUUUUUCAUCUGCCAAAACCAAAAACCAUUUAAUCUCCCUGUGGUAUGGAUGUAGCGCACAAUCACACGUGCACGAGGACUUAGAAGUUGCUCCUUUGGUGGUAGAAGUUCUGCCGAGCGCUGGAAACCUUGUUCCGCCACAGGACGCUGGAUCUGGCCUUUGGAGACUUGGAGAGUCCGGGAUCUCCACUUCUGAAUCUUACUCUGCCACCUUGAAAGCGUGUGACCCCAGGCAGGUUACUUGGUUGUAGAAAAUGAGAACCGAUAGUGUCCCAAACGCCCCACCUCACAGAAAUACUAAAAAAGUGUCUAUACAGCAUAUGUACCUCUUGGGAGAUAGCACUAUGUAUAUAAGGUAACAUUUUUAUUAUAAUAAUUAUUCAUGGUGGUAUUCUUUUCCCCUAAGCAUUUCUGGGAAGUCAUUUCACGGUCCACACCAACCGUAUCAUCCAGGGCUCCUGCACCUUGUGGCAUGUCCUGCUGAUGGGUACGUGUUCGGAGCUCAUGGGCACAUCUGAUGCAUCGUAUGUGUACAUAAUACAUAUGUGAAUAGAGUCAAACAUAAAUAUAUUUCUUCACAAUAUUUUAAACUGUGAAGAACUUUAUCAUACAAUAAACUUAAAUAAGAGGUGUCAGAAGACCCAAAUUAGGUGCAUUUUACCUGUUGAUGAUGGCAUAACCAUUGCUUUAAAAUGUGUAGACAGUAGAAUACUGAAUUGAAGCUCUAUUUUUGUUUAUUUAAGCACCACUUAAUGUAGAAGUGCAGCAGGCAGUUGUAGUCCAAGUCCAAGAAGUCAUGUAUUUUCAAGUUCAACUCUAGUAAGAGUCUUUGGUUUAAGGUACUCGCUGUUUAAAAGCCGAAUCAUUUUCUCACCUUGUGCUGAAAAGGUUGCGUUGCUGCCCAUCACACGUGCUGCAGCUCGGCAAUGAACUUGGGUUCUGGGUUCUUCCUGGAGAACUGAGCCAUGUGUGAGAAAACUGUCGCCAUGGCAUGUGUGCACGUGCGUGUGCUCUGAGUCCCCUUCCUUGUUUUCCUGAGUAACACUACAGGGAUUUUGUCAAAUUAGAUUUAAUCUGUCAUUUGAAAAGUCAUUUCGUGUGUGACCUACAGGCUUAGAAAUGGUGUCGUCCAAGACAUCUCAUCUGCAUUUCCGAUAGUGGGCUUUGUCGUGUAGAUAAGAUCGGCUUCUGUUUGGCAGUAGGAGAAAUAGCCAAAGUUGAGGAUUUUAUAUAUAUUUUUUCAUUUCCCUGGAAAAUAUAAAUUAAUUGGAUUUCUUUCUUUUUUUUUUGGUAAAGGUUGCCUUCUAUAUAAUAUUUGGAUUGUAUAAAAUUGCAAAAAAGAUACGAGCCCACUUUACUGUCCUAAGCCUGUUACUCUUAAUGACAUUUGAGCAGAAUGCCUUAUUUUGUAAUCUUGUUUUAACUUGUUGCUACUGGAACUUGAAUUUCUGUGGCACUAAGUAAGUUAAAAGAAAAAAAGUUAAACCCUCUCAUUAUUAAGGAGGAAAGGCGAUGGUGAUGUCUGUAAUACAAUAAAAACCAUAAUUGUGAUUUACCUUAAGUAGGUAUGACUCUUAUGGGUUAUACAGUAUAUAGUUUUUGUGAACUCUUUACAUGAUAGCAUUAUCUUUUUAUAAUUUUUUUUCCUAAGAUAACAAAUGCAUAGUUUUCUUCUAUGGGAGAUAGAAACAGCUUUUUGAAGUAAUAUUGAAAAACCUCAGAGAUCAUGUUGAAUCUUAAUUUUGCCUUUUGCCGAAACCUCUUUAUAACAUGUAUCUUGAAAAUAAGUCUAGGAAUGUGUAACCGGAACUAUGUUAGCACUGCUUAUAAUACUUAGGUUUAAUAUAUACACUUAUACAUCUCUAUAUAGGUAUAUAGAUUUGCAUUUUGUCUUGUAAAAUUUUAUUUGAAUAAAUCUUCCUGUAGGUAAUGGGAAACAAAAUUAAUAGUCAUAUGCCACGCACAGCGUUUCUAUAUUUGAAAAUAGCCCAAUAUGAAACUUCUGAUUCUAAAAUUAAACCAGCAGCCUAUUACAAGCACAUUCUUUGAUUGAGUCAUUGGUUAUAAACGUACUAAAUGCAGAGAAGACAACUAAUUCAGGAAACUUCUGAGUCGGCAGGACACUGUUGAUUAAUUAAUAAUGUACUGUAUGAAUUAAGUGAUGCUUUAACUCUGAUUUUACAUUUUAAAGUUCAAAUGUGGGCAUUAUGUCAGCAAACUUACGGGCAUUAUGUCAGCAAGCUAAAACAUUUUUUUUCCCUGUGCUUUUAAUGUAUCUCUUUACAUGAUCUGAGAGAGAAUUCCAGCUUUUAGAGAGCAGUAGAAGAGGGGAAGCUAUCUUGGGAUGCAGCUUGUCCUUAUAGAGAUGGUACAACUUCAGUCUAAAAAUUAGAAGGUGGUUUCAGUGGAGUAAUUAUAUAGCUUUCACGUCUACAUUUCAGGAAAUUACCAUUGUAACUUGAUAAGAGACGAUUUAUGUAAACAUCAUUGCAAAGCGAGGUAUAGAGCUCAGCUUGACUUCUUACUGUGCACGAGAGUAAGUACCUAUCGCAAUUAUUCUUUUUCUUUUCCAGUAUAAAGUUUGCUGAAUGUACAAGAAGAGUUUAUCACUUAGGAUAUAGGAUUUUUUUUUUAGGGGUCGGGGGGAGGGGAUGUAUCAGGAAAUUGUUACCUGUAAAAAGAGAUCGACUUGAUUUGAUCCAAAAGAUAAAACUUGAAGCUAUUCUUGAACUAACAGGGAAAAAUGAAAUGGAUAUUGUUUAACAAAAUGAUGGAACUGUAUUGUUGGCAGGAGAUGAGUUAAGUUUAUUUUCUACAAACUGUAAUUGAUGAGGACAUGGAUGAUAUCUUCAUGUUUCUGAGAAGUAAUCUGUACGUGAGGGGAGGGGAUAAUAAAUAUUAUUUCUAACCAA